AAAAUGCAAAAUAAAAACAUUUGCCCUCCAAAGUUGUUUCUUUUGCACUUCUGUAAGGCUCAAGCUGCUGAGCUUGAAAUCCGCUCAAGAUUGUGGUUACUUAUGAACGGAGAGGAGUUAACCGAGCAGGAGACUGCAUUGUACGACCGCCAAAUUAGGGUUUGGGGUGCUGACGCUCAACGAAGAUUGAGCAAAUCUCACAUAUUAGUCUAUGGGAUGAAAGGGACUGCUGCCGAGUUUUGCAAGAACAUUGUAUUAGCGGGGGUUGGUAGUUUGACGUUGGUGGAUGACGGGGCUGUGACUGAAGAUGCAUUAUCUUCUAACUUUUUGAUACUGCCUGAUGAGAAUGUAUGUGCUGAGAAAACAGUUGCUGAGCUUUGCUGCAAUUCUCUAAAAGUAUUUAACCCAAUGGUUCGUGUUUCAGUUGAAAAAGGUGAUCUGUCAAGCUUUGGUGGAGACUUCUUCGACAGGUUUGAUGUUGUCAUUGUCAGUUGUUGCACCCUCAUGACCAAAAAAUCGAUCAAUGAGAAGUGCCGGAAGCUAUCAAAGCGUGUAGCUUUUUAUACAGUUGACUGCAGAAAUUCUUGUGGUGAGAUAUUUGUUGAUUUGCAGAAGCAUAUAUAUACAAAGAAAAAACUUGAUGAAAACAAUCAACCCACAACCGUUGAAUGUGAAUUGCAAUACCCAAGUUUUCAGGAAUCAAUUUCAGUACCUUGGAGAACACUUCCCAGGAGAGUGUCAAAGCUUUACUUUGCUAUGAGAGUGAUAGAAAGGUUUGAAGAGGCUGAGGGACGAAAUCCAGGAGAAAUAUCUAUCGAGGAUCUUCCUGCUGUUCUCAAGCUGAAAAAGGAAAUUUGUGAGGCACAGUCAAUGAAUGAAUCUCAUAUUCCUAAUGCCCUCAUGGAAAGAUUGGUGAUGGGUAGAAGAGAAUUCCCUCCAGUUUGUGCCAUCAUUGGAGGAAUCCUUGGACAGGAGGUCAUCAAAGCAAUAUCAGGCAAAGGUGAUCCCCUCCAGAAUUUUUUCUUCUUUGAUGCUAUGGAUGGGAAAGGGGUAAUAGAGAACAUAUCCUAUCCUAGCCUGUGCAAUUGAGCAUCUUGUUUGUAAAUUUGAUUGUUUGGGAACAGAUGAUGCAACAAUGAGCAUCCAUUACUGAUAUUAGGAGAUAUUAAUCCAAUGUUUGGGAUAUCAUUGAUAGAAGUUGAAGUAUUGUAAAAGUGUAGUUCAUUGACAGAUUUUCCAGCAGGUUUUGGACAUUAGAUCGUUGCUGAUGAACCUUUAACUUACGGCUCUCAAAUGGUUGGAGCCUUUUAUUUUUGUUAAACAUUUUCAUUACUCCUCAAGUAAUGAUUGCAUGCAAAGCAACAUAUCUUGCAUUUGAGUGGUCGUCUUUUAAUAACAGAGCUGAGAAGUGUCUAUUGAUGAUGA